CGAAGACCGAAGGCGUGCUCAGGCAGCAGCGACAGCAGCUUCAGGGCCCUCAACAGCUAUGGCUUCCUGCUCAGACUCUGACAACAGCUGGGUGCUUGCCGGCUCUGAGAGCCCUGGCCUCCUGUGGGGGACCUUUGCUGACCGCUGGACAUUUUACCUCUCUGUCCUCCCCUGUAAAAAGGGGAUCGUGAUCCCUGGCUUAUAUGGGUGGCCACGAGAGAAAUUGGAAGUUGCAAAGAACAUACUCAGAAACAGCCCCUGGAAGGUUCCGCACAGCAGCAGUUGAGAUUAGGGAACGGCCCAACCCCACGUCCAGCUGACGCCUGCCACCCACCCUGCCUCAGCUCACCACUGCGUAGCCUGCCCGUGGAGACCCUGGGCCCGGAAUCCAUGGUGGACGCAGAACUGGAGAGCACUCCCCAGGCCCUCGGGAGCCCCUCCAAGACAGCUGCGGGAGAGUUAGCUGGGGCUGAGGACGGAGGAGAGACCGUCUUCCAGGGCGAAAGCGCCCAGUCUGGUCCCGUUCUGCCAGAGAAGACUGAGGCUGAGGAUGACCUGGAGGGCCAUGGCUGUGCUGGGGGGCCCCUUGGCCUGGGAGACACACUGGUCCAGGGAGAUUCGGACGAGGCCUUAGUGGCGGCAGGCCUGGGGCCGGACACAGAGGACCCGGAGGAUCAGAGCCCCCAAGGGAGCCUGCCUUCAUCACCCAGUGCAGCGUGGUCCAGGGAGGAGACCCGCUGCUCCAGCAGUGAGGACGACACCGACAUGGACGUGGAGGGUCUGCGGAGACGGCGGGGCCGGGAGCCUAGUGCCCCUCAGCCUGUGGGGACCCUGGGUGUGGAGGACCAGGCCGGAGGCGAGGGUGCAGGCUGGGAGCUGGGCAUCUCCCUCAACUUGUGCCUCCUUGGGGCCCUGGUUCUGCUGGGCCUGGGGAUCUUCCUCUUCUCUGGGCCCGUAGAGGAAGUGGAACAGGUCUUCCCGGACACGGGGUUGGACAUGGAGGUGCGGGACGCUGCGGGGGAUGGGCAGGAUGGGGCCCCGGGACUCUCUGACAGCGUCCCCAGCCUGCAGAGCAUGGCCCUGCUGCUGGACAGACUGGCCAAGGAGAACCAGGACAUCCGGCUGCUGCAGGCCCAGCUGCAGGCCCAGAAGGAGGAGCUUCAGAGCCUGAUGCAGCAGCCCCAAGAGCUGGCAGAGGAGAAUGCCCGGCUGCGUGGGGCCCUGCGGCGGGGCGAGUCCUCCCAGCGCGCCCUGCAGUCAGAGCUACAGCAGCUGCGGGCCCGGCUGCAGGGGCUGGAGGCGGAGUGCGUCCGGGGCCCCGACGGGGUGUGCUCAGGCUGGGGCACGGGCUCUCAGGGUGGCAGGGUCACCGAGGAGCGAGGCCCCAGGGAGCAGGAGCCAGGCCCUGGCUUCCUGGAGCAGAAGGAACGGCUAGAGGCUGAGGCCUGGGCCUUGAGGCAAGAGCUGGAGAGGCAGCGACAGCUGCUGGGGUCUGUGCAGCAGGACCUGGAGCAGAGCUUGGGGGGCGCGGGCCGAGGGGACCCGGCGCGUGCUGGCCUGACCGAGCUGGGCCACAGAUUGACCCAGAAGCUACAGGGCCUGGAGAAAUGGGGCCAGCACCCUGGGGUCCGUGCCAAUGCCUCAGAGGCCCGCUUCCAGAGUUCCAGGGAAGGGAGUGGAAAGGAGAAGCGACGGGAUGGGCCGGGGGACCGCAGCACUGAGCCCUGGAAACACAAGAAGGAGGGGUCUGGCUGGGAAAGAAAGAAGAGCUGGCAGGGUGAGGACAGGGAGCUGGCCGGGAGGGGGAAGGAGGAGGGUAAGCCAUGGGAGGGGAAGCGGGGCAGCAAGAAGGAUGGCAAGCGACAGGGCCCCAAGGAGCCCCCUAGGAAGAGUGGGAGCCCGCGCUCCUCCGCGGACAGGCAGAAGCACCCUCAGUGGAAGGAGGGGGCUAAAGACGGGCAUGAGCCCCUGCCACUAUGGGCAGGGCUGUCGAGGCACAGGUACCGGGCGCCCCAGGGCUGCUCAGGCGUGCACGAGUGUGCCCGGCAGGAGGGUCUUGCCUUUGGUGUGGAGCUGGUCCCGGUGCGGCAUCAGGAGCUGGCCUCUCUGCUGACGACUUACCUGGCGCGGCUGCCCUGGGCCGGGCAGCUGACCAAGGAGCUGCCCCUCUUGCCUGCUUACUUCGGAGAGGACGGCAUCUUCCGCCACGACCGCCUGCGCUUCCGGGACUUUGUGGAUGCCUUGGAGGACAGCCUGGAGGAGGUGGCUGUGAGACAGACUGGUGAUGAUGACGAGGUGGAUGAUUUUGAGAGUUUCAUCUUUAGCCACUUUUUUGGAGACAAAGCACUGAAGAAGAGGUCAGGGAAGAAGGGCAGACACUUGCGGAACCCGGGGAGGGGCUGAGGCCUGGUGUCCCUGGCCCCGGGGACCAUGGAGUCUUCGUUUCCUCUGGCCCAAGCGGAGCGGAAUCACUGAUGUCACGGCUGCUGGGAAAAGGCCUUAGCGAUCUGCCUGCCUUCUGUCUCUGCAAAUACGUGCAACUGUGGGCUGUGACUGGGGGGGGGAGGGGCGGAAUUCUCAUUCAGCAGCCACAGCUCUCAUCUUCCCGUGUGCGCAUGCCCCCCACGGUGGGCCCUUGGCUCCACACACGGACCUGUGCGCUUGGGGUGGGACUGGGGUUGCUGGCUGGAGGCCCAGCACGGGGACUUUCCCUGGGGUUUUGUUAGAUGUGGAAGCAGCUGUCCCCUGUGGGGGGGGGUGAAGCCCCCUUUUUACCCCUUGCUUCUCACGUGGCCGCACCUCCCGUGUGAACUGUAGUCUCAGACCCGAGUUCAAUGCUGUUGGAACUGUGGGGUGGGGUGGGGCUCUGUCAGCAGGGUGGUAUUGGAGCACAGGGGCCCCCACACCCACCUUGUCCCCCACGCCACCCUCCCAGCCACGAUGGGCCCUUGGGACCGGCACUCCUCACUCUGCUUGCACCCGCCUUGGGGCCGCUCCUGGAGAUAGAGAAAGUGAGCUUGGGCUUUGGGGUGUGGUCGGGUGCGUUCUUCCCUGGGAGCCUUGGGUUUCUGAUCCUCAAAAUAGCGGAUUGGAUGGCUGGGGAGAGAUUAAAUAAAGCAAUGUAAGCACAA